UGGUGGCAUUGAAUAAGUUAAAUGCUUUUUGAGGGAUCAUUUUGAUGAUUUUGCCUUUAUAGUAAAACGAAAAUGUUACUUACAUUUAGUUUUCAAAUAAAGUUUUAAUAAAUCGUGGUUGUUUUUCCUCAAAUUUUCCACGCCAAUUAAAUUAUUGACAGGCGAACACUGCCCGCCGACCGUUACAUUGUACGAACAAAACUAUGUAAAUACACGUAAAUUAUAUUUAAAUGAGUUAUUGCUGCUCAUUAUUACUGUAUCUGUGAAAAAUUAUGUUAUUUGAAUUUGGUAUCACAACUGAAGCUGUAUCCGCUCGCGGCUCGGGGUCGCUGAAAUAUUGGACAGUGAAUUUACAACGGUGACGUCAUCGUGUCAUAAAGAUUUUCGUUAAAAAUAAAGCGUCCUGUGCCACGGACACGCCUCGUAAGUUUGCUUAUCAUAAUGGGAACCAUAAAUACUGUUGUCUCCAACAAAAAAUAUUCUCAGCUCUCAAUUAUAUUAUGUUAAUACAAAAUUAGGCAUUUCUAUUAUCUUCUAAGUGACAUCCUGUAUCCGCAUUAUCGUGAUAGUUAUAACAAUUGUCCAAAAUCCAAACCAAAUAUAAUCCUAGUGAUUAAACGUACAUAUAACUUUAACCUUUAUGUCCAUUUAUCUUAAUAGAUAUUGGAAUCUACGUAAACCGCUAACGACCGGUUGUUGCUUCGAGUUCUUAGUGAAAGUGCAACGAAAAUGCGAAGAGAUGUCUCCCAGACGUGAAUGUGAAGUUUUUAAGGUUUUUCGUGUGUGCUAACACGUUGAUUCCGGUGUGAACAGUAGUCUGUGAACUGUGAAACUGUGAGUUUGCCGUUCGACACGAUAUGUUAGCGUCAGCUGUUACAUCGAAUAUGAGCAGGCAUGCACUAUCAGCCAUGUUCCAGAAGCGGCGUUCUAUUGACAGACCUCUCAUUAUGAACCGUCCAGAGAAGUUAUCUCUGACCAACCGUCCUCCGCCACCAGCGGCAAUAGUUCCCAAGUCAGUGGACGGUCCACGACCACCCGGUUGGAACGGUCAGCCCCGAAGACACGGCUCCAGUCGAUUCAACGUACACAAUCACAACCAGGAACUCGUCAAACUACCCCCCAUUAAAGAUGCACCGGCGGGUGAGCGCGAACAGUUGUUCGUUCAGAAGCUACGUCAAUGCUGUCUGUUGUUCGACUUCGCUGACGAGCCGCUGUCGGACCUCAAGUGGAAGGAGGUGAAGAGAGCCGCGCUGCUCGAGAUGGUGGAGUACGUCACCUCGCAGCGCGGCGUCAUCACCGAGGCUAUAUACCCAGAAGCCGUUAAUAUGUUCGCGAUAAAUCUGUUCCGUACCCUGCCGCCUUCGUCGAACCCGAACGGCGCGGAGUUCGAUCCUGAAGAGGACGAGCCCACGCUGGAGGCGGCCUGGCCACACCUGCAGCUGGUCUACGAGCUGUUCCUCAGACUGCUGGAGUCGCCGGACUUCCAGCCGAACAUCGCCAAGAAAUACAUGGACCAGAAGUUCGUUUUACAGUUACUAGAACUAUUUGAUACAGAAGAUCCGAGGGAGCGAGACUUCCUCAAAACAACACUACAUAGAAUAUACGGAAAAUUUUUAGUACUACGAGCGUAUAUUAGAAAACAAAUUAACAAUGUGUUUUACAGGUUUAUAUACGAAACCGAGCACCACAACGGUAUAGCCGAGCUGCUGGAGAUCCUCGGCAGCAUCAUCAACGGGUUCGCGCUGCCGCUGAAGGAGGAGCACAAACUAUUCUUACUCAGAGUGCUACUUCCUCUGCACAAGGUGAAGUCUCUGUCAGUGUACCAUCCACAGCUGGCUUACUGUGUGGUUCAGUUCCUAGAGAAAGAUCCCUCGCUCACACAACCCGUUGUCAGGGCGUUGUUGAAGUACUGGCCGAAGACACACUCCCCCAAAGAAGUGAUGUUCCUCAACGAAAUGGAGGAGAUCCUGGAUGUGAUAGAACCAGCUGAGUUCCAGAAGGUCAUGGACCCGCUGUUCAGACAGCUGGCCAAGUGCGUCUCCAGCCCACACUUCCAGGUGGCGGAACGAGCGCUCUACUACUGGAACAACGAGUAUAUAAUGUCUCUGAUAUCGGACAACACGAGCCACAUCCUGCCAAUAAUGUUCCCGUCGCUGUACCGGAACACGAAGAGUCAUUGGAACAAGACCAUCCACGGCCUGGUGUACAACGCGCUCAAGCUCUUCAUGGAGAUGAAUCAGAAGCUGUUCGACGAGUGCACGCAGCAGUACAAGCAGGAGAAACAGAAGGAGCGGGAGCGUCUCCAGCAGCGUGAGGAGCUGUGGCAGAAGUUGGAGGCGCGCGCUGCAACGAGAGCAGCACAGCUUAAUGACACAGAACCUCGAAAGCAGAACUACAACGCCAGCAAGCCCCUACUACGGAAGAAGUCCGAGUUACCGGCGGACGUGACGACAGCCCGAGCGCUCGCCGACCACACGAGACCCGCCGCCUUCCUCACCACGCCGCCUGACGCUGACGGCUGCUAGCGACCAGCGACCUCUACCACGGAACGCCACAGUGGCGGCUGCUAGCGACCGGCGACCUCUACCACGGACCGUUACAGUGGCGGCUGCUAGCUGCGAGCCCGUGUGUGGACUCUCCACCGACGGGGUCAGUGCGACUCUCGCCCUUAUAUUAUCCGCUGGAGUGCUAAUGGAGUCCUUCGCGUGAACUCCGCGACUGUGAACUCACCCGUUCCCCUGAGAGAUUUUGAUAUGCAUUUAAAUCUACUUAGCGUCGUACGGGAUUUCCACGCUCGGUGUGACGAGAUGUAUUUAUAAAGAUAGUAUAACAAAUUAUCGCCAUAAGGCCUAUAGGAUUGUGUUCUUUAAAGCGGAACACUUAUAACGAAUUAUACAGCAUGUUCACAUUUCGGUUUUAAAGAACAGAAUCUGAAAUCUGUCGCCAUUAGUAUGUCUUAAUGUUAAGUAGUCGGCGCACCGCUUUAGACUCGUCUGGACACAAACUCGAAGCUACUAACUCCAUGAUGUUAUCGCCCACCAUGUAAUUGUAUAUAGUUUUAGAACACACCGCGUCCCACACGCCGUCGACGGCGCGGGAAUUAACACCGAAAUCCUGUCGAGUUGCAUUUCCCUAAAUACCUAUAACUUUGAUAUAUUCAGUAGACAGUACUCCAACCGAACGUAACUCGGCCUUUCUUCAGUGAUCUUCAUUUCUAUAUUAAUCGACACAGGAACUGUUGGCUGUGCCCGUGUAUACAUAUGAGACCAGUAUUCGCCUUUUAUCUCACAAAUUUCUCACUUUAAAAAAAUUGUUACAUUUGACAUGAUUUUAGAACGAAUCGUAAAUCUAUACUUUUUUUAAAUUUCGAAUCUGUCAUUUUAUUGUCGCAGUAAACUUGUUAAGUUACAGAACAUUUGACUUAUUUCAUUUUUAAAUUUAGAAUGUUUAUCCCUAAAAGCCUUUAAAUAAAGUACAAUACGAGAUAAAUUGAUUUUAAUAAUAUUGUUAUACUGUUACGUGAAUUCCUCUCGUUUACUAUCAAUCUAAUAUGUACCAUCCUUAUAACGAUACGCAUCACCUCACCGAACGAACACAGCCUUAGUUAUAUAGGGUGUAAGCGAGAGGAGAAUAGUUAAUAAAAUAUACAAGUUGAUUAUUGAACUAUGAUGACUGUCCAAUGUUACGGGAAGAUUUGUAUUUGAAUCAUAUUGUUGUAUCACACUUUACAAUAAACGAUUAUAUACAAGAUAUAUCGUCGGAUUCAUCCUGCGAUAAAAUCCAGUGUUGCCAGAUACACUCGGACGUUGAAAAUAUUACAAGUGUGCUUUCUAGUUUAUAUAUAGUUUAUGUUAGUUUUAUUUUAUUUUAUUUAAAAUUGUAUUCAUAAUGCGACGUUUAAUUUAUGAUGUAUGGGGUAAAUAUAAACACAAUAAUAUUUUUUGUAUGUCUGUGUGUAAAAUUUGUAAAAAAAUAAUGAUAUAACAUCAGAAUGUGAACUGCACUGUUGCUGUAUACAGUGUGCCGACCGGGAUGCGGAUAUGUUUUAAAAUCCUUUACAUAUAUUUUUCACACCGUUAGAUAAAAAAAUUGUAAGUGUGAAUGAUGCCGCGUGGUCUGAAAUAACUUUAAUGUUCGCAGUAUUUAUUAAAAAAAUAAAAGGAAGUGUAUCUGAGUGCGUGUGGACACGUUCACGUUGUAACGGGAGUUGUGUCGCUAUUGACUGACUCCGCAGUAAAUGUACACUUUAAAUGAAAUUGCGAAAAGAGAGUUCUUAUAAUGUUCCCCUCGGUCAGCCAAGCCUCGCGCCGCGGGCGGGGAGGGGCCGCGGUCACGAAACAAACAUGAAACAUAUUGAAAAGGUACGUUUUGCUUCUGGAAGGCGAUUUUUUGUGCAAUCUAUUUGUUUAUUGUAAAUUCUCGAGUUGUACACACCGCGGUCGCUGCCGCCCACCUCACGUAGAUCUCCGUGUUAUUGGACUGACCGUUUUAGCGAUAAUUUGCGACGCUGUUUAAUAAAAAAAAAAAAUGAUAAAUUUUGUAUAAAUAUUUAUAACGAUAAUGUAACUGUUGAAAACAAAUAAUGUAAAAGAUGACAUAUUGUAAGGUGCUUAUGUUACGUUAUAAUACAAAGUUGUGCAUA